GAACUAGGCCAAACUACUUGCACGUUCCCUUUGCGAAGAUCUUUGUCACAAAAGCCGCGCUGGCCCAUGCGCACAAAAAGUCACAAAAGCCGCGCUGGCGCAUGCGCACAAAAAGCGCCGGCAACUGGGGUCGCAGCUGGAGAUGCAGCGGCCGGCAGGGCUCUGGCGCUUAUGUCCGCGACCUUGGGCGGCGAGGGUCCCAGCGGAGAAUCUUGGCCGUAGGGAAGUCACCUCUGGUGUCUCUCCUCGCGGCAGCACCUCGCCCAGAACCCUGAAUAUCUUCGACCGGGAUUUGAAAAGGAAACAGAAGAACUGGGCGGCCCGGCAGCCCGAGCCGACGAAGUUUGACUACCUGAAGGAGGAGGUUGGAAGUCGGAUCGCAGACCGUGUAUAUGACAUACCCAGAAAUUUCCCCCUUGCUUUGGAUCUUGGUUGUGGAAGAGGUUACAUUGCACAGUAUUUGAAUAAGGAAACUAUUGGAAAGUUUUUCCAAGCCGACAUUGCAGAAAAUGCUUUGAAAAAUUCCUUAGAAACAGAAAUACCUACUGUCAGCGUUUUAGCUGAUGAAGAAUUCCUUCCCUUCAGAGAAAAUACAUUUGACCUGGUGGUUAGCAGUUUAAGUUUGCAUUGGGUGAAUGACCUUCCUAGAGCACUUGAGCAGAUUCAUUAUAUUUUAAAACCAGAUGGAGUGUUUAUUGGUGCAAUGUUUGGAGGCGACACACUCUAUGAACUUCGGUGUUCCUUACAGUUAGCGGAAACGGAAAGGGAAGGAGGAUUUUCUCCACACAUUUCUCCUUUCACUGCUGUCAAUGACCUGGGACAUCUGCUUGGGAGAGCUGGCUUUAAUACUCUGACUGUGGGAAAAGCUCUGAUUGACAAUGUUUAGUUUGUAUAACACAUCUUAAUUGACACAAGGUAGAAAUGUAUAAUUUUUUACUGUUUGUUACCUAAAAAAGUAGCUCAAAAAAUGUAUCAUAGUUAACAAGACAAAUUUCUAAACAUACAACUCCGUUAGAAUCUUCAAAUCCAGUAUUAGGUAUAAAAAGGGCCUUAGAGUAUUCCAGACGAUAGGAAGAAAAGGGGAUAAGUAGGGGAACAUGUAAUAUUACCACCAGUAACUAUCCCCAAACAGUGCCAUAUGAAGCAGAAAUGACAGAAUGUGUGUUCUCGAGGCCUAGGGUGAGAUCAAGGCUAAAGAAGGUAGGACAGGGUGCUUUACUCCAUUAGGGCGAGAGAAAUCUCGAAAGAAGACCCGUAGGCAGUCAGUGAGUAAUAAGCAUGAAGUCAGCAUGGUACAGUGACGGGGUAGGACAGUAGGACUUUGUUCUCCAACAGGAGUAACUUGGAUCCUUACCCUAUUUCUUUACUAGAUAGGGAAAUUUGAGUAACUUACCUUUUUGAGCAUUUAUUUCUUUUAAAAAUGCAAAUGUGUGGCUGGGUGCGGUGGCUCACGCCUGUAAUCCCAGCACUUUGGGAAGCCAAGGCAAGUGGAUCAUCUGAGAUCAGGCGUUUGAAACCAACUUGGCCAACAUAGUGAAACCCCAUCUCUAUUAAAAAUACAAAAAAUCAGCGAAUCGUGGUGGUGCAUGCCUGUAAUCCCAGCUACUCAGGAGGCUGAGGCAGGAGAAUUGCUUGAACCCGGGAGGCAGAGGUUGCAGUGAGCUGAGAUCCCACCAUUGCACUCCAUCCUGGACAACAAGAGUGAAACUCCCAUCUCAAAAAAAAAAAAAAAAAAAAGCAAAUGUUACUCACCUCAGGUGGCUAUUAGUAUUUAAAGAGAUAAAGGGUGUGAAGUACCAGGACCAUGGUAGAUGCUCAGCUUACAUUAGCUCCUGCCUUCCUCUUUCCCCAUCACUCUACUCCUAGCGUUUUGCUAGAACUAGGCUUCCAAGAGACAGCCAUCUGGAGAGAAUGAUUGCCCUCUUCUUCCUCCCUCCACUAACAAUUUUUCUAAAGGAUGUCAUUACUGUCUUCAGAGAUCAGUCCAGUAGACUUAUUAUGAAUUUCCAAACCCCUCAGGCCUAAUCUAAACAUCCCUAAACCUGAUUAGUGGAAAUAGGAAUUUCUUGAUGAAGAAAGCAUCUCGCUACAUAAUUAGAGAUGAUAAGCUUAAACACUAAAAUAGCUGUUUGGCAUGAUUUUGUGUGAAUAUAUUCAUGAAAUCAACUGACCAAAAAUAGAUUGUGUCAUAUCCUUCCUUGUUUUGAUAGAAGCAAGGGGCAUGGGCAAGCAGGGCCCCUGAUGUUGGAAAGGAGCCUCCAGGGAGGGAAGAAUUAACAGGCUGGAGGACUAAGCUGGGAACUGAAGAGAACCCCGAAGGCUUCACACCUGUGACUAGUGUUGACCUUUUGUUAACUUUUAAAUGGCCUGAGUCCAUAGAAACUGCAUUCUGAGAGGUUGCACGGCUAGAAAGCGGAAAACUGCUUCACAUGAGUGCUCUACUUUGUAAUGAAAAUAAACACUAUUAAUACAGGCAAUUAUACACUGAAGGAUCAUUGUAUUUAUAUUUGUAAUUGUAUAAGUAACACCAAUAUAUUUUGGUUGUAACUAUUAAGCUAUACAGAUAAAGCAAAAGUCUAUUAUUCCCCCUUAAUCCUAAAAAUGCUUAGCUCUCUCUUGAGAGUAAGAGUUCUCAAAAUUUUGGUCUCAGGACCCCACUACGCGCUGAAAAAUUAUUAAGAAACUUUUAGAGGGCUUUUGUAUAGUGAAUUAACAUCUGUCAGUAUUCACUAUAUUAGACAUUAAAACUGAAUUUGUUUUAGUAUUCAUUUAAAGCUAACAAUAAUAUACCUAUUACUUGUUAACAUAAAUGACCCUUUUUAAUAAAAAAUAACUAUAUUUUCUUUUCAUUUUUUUUUUUUUUGGAGACAGUUUCACUCUGCCACCCAUGGCACGAUCUUGGCCCACCACAACCUCUGCCUCCCAGGUUCAAGUGAUGCCCGUGCCUCAGCCUCCCGAGCAGCUGGGAUUACAGGCACAUGCCACCAAGCCCCAUUAAUUUUUGUAUUUUUAUUAGAGAUGGGGUUUCACCAUGUUGGCCAGUCUGGUCUCAAACUCUUGACCUCAAGUGAGCCACCCACCUCAGCCUCCCAAAGUGCUGGGAUUACAGGCGUGAGCCGCUGCACCUGGCCAUAUUUUCUAAAACAAAAAUAAUUGAAAGGGAAGAAUGACAUUGCUUCACAUUUUUGCCAGUUAAUGUGCAUCUUAGUAACAGAGCUAGAUUCUCAUGUCUGUUUCUGCAUUCAAGUCUCUCGCUAUACCAUGUGUCAUGCCACGUCGCCUCUAAAAUAAUCCAUUGUAGAAUAAGAGGUAAAAAGCCAAAUAGUAUCUUAGUAUUAUUAUGAAAAUAAUUUUGGCUUUGUGGACCCCCAAAAAGUCCUAGGGACCCCAGGACUCUCCAAACCACAGCUGGAGAACUACUGUCCUAGAGGUAGCUACUAUUAUCAGUUUAGUGUGUAACCUUCCAGACUUUUUUUUUUUUUAACAAUAACUACUUUACUAUAUGUAGUCAUAUGUAUUCAUACAUCUCUGAAACUUUUUUUAUUAACAGUAUAUGUAUUUCUAAUAUACUGUUAAUAGUUUUCUAAAUUGGUAUGGAUAUAUUUGCACUCCUUCUUAAUUUCUAUAUAUUAUUUCCUAGUAUGAAUGUACCCCAGUUUUACUUAACUAUUUACCUGUGAAUGACCUUUAGGUUUGUUCUGAUUUUUUGCCAAUAGUAGCAAUGCUGCAGUGAAUAUCCUUCUAUACAAAUUCAUUUAUGUAUUCAGUCUUGCAACAAACAUUUACUGAGUACCUUCUAUGUGUCCGGCACUAUACUAGGUACUUCAAAUAUAGCAGUGAACAAAACAGAAAUCCCUGCGUGGUGUUUUUGGGUUUAUAGCAGGCCUGUUGGUAAACUUUAGACAGUUCAAUAACACUGGGAUGUUGUACACAAAACUGGUGGUGGUGGUGUUCAUAAAUGGAAGAAAGUACCCAUGGUUUUCAUCAGAUCUUGAGAGAGCUAAUAUAACUAAAAAUAGAUUAGGAACCAGUGAUUUAAAGCCUUUUCGAUAAUAUGUAUUUUACUUAUAAUAUGGAAAAAAUUUCCUUUACAGUCUACCCUCUUGAGAAUCGUCUCCUAUAUUGCUGUGUCACCAACCUAUUAUUGAGAUGAAAAAAGAAUCUCUGGGAAUGUAAAGCCUCUAAAAAGUAUAGGAGGUGUAGGGCUGGGAUGGUGUGGAGACAUGUGGUGCACAUUUUCAUGAGGUGAUGUUAAAAAAUUUAUAUGAGGUCAUACAGGUUAGUCAGCAAUAUUAUAGGACUCAAAAGUUAUUGCCCACUAGGAAAAAAAAUGGGAUUUCUGCUAAUCACCAGAAGAAAGUUAAAUUAUGUGAACUACACAUGGUUUUCUGUGGUUAUAAAGAAUGAGUUUUAGAAAGAUUUCUACUAAAAAUGUUUAACCUGAUGUUAAAAUGUUUAAAAGCCUACAUUUCUAUUAAUUGGGAAAUAUAAUUCAGAAUACUAUCCAUAUUCUCUAAAAAUGAGCCUAAUGACUCACACUUUAAUAUAAUAUAAAAAUAUUGGUGUAGAAUCUAGUUUAUACAGUUAGAGAGUUGCUGAUUUAAUAAGAAAGUUAUAAGAAUGUCUUCUUGAAUCAUUACAUUUAUCCUGUGAGGCAUGUAUACAGUUUUGUUUCUGAAGUGCUGUGUUAAUAUUGUGUCCUGGCCAGGCACAGUUGUUCACUCCCAUAAUCUCAGCACUUUGGGAGGCCUAGGUCGGAGAAUCACUUCAGCCUGGGAUUUCAAGACCAGCCUGGGCAACAUAGGGAGACCCCAUCUCUACAAAAAAAAAUUUUUUAAUUAGCUGGGCCUGCCUGUAGUCCCAGCUACUUGGGAGGCUGAGGUGGAAGGAUUGAGCCUGGGACGUUGAGGCUGCAGUGAACCAUGAUCUCACCACUGCACUCCAGCCUGUGUGACAGAGCAGGAUCCUGUCUCCAAAAAAACAAUAACAAUAUGUGUUCUAAUUCAUUUUCUAAAAAUUCCCAUCCAAAAAAGCUUUUGUAUAAUCAGCUAUACAGGUUUAUGUUGCAUACAUUAGAUAUAUUACUUUUACGCUACAAUGGAUUUUUAUUUUUAAAGUGAAAUCGAGUCAAAUUAGUAUCAUAUAGUUGUAUUUAGAUCUUAAUGUUGUAUUUUCAUCUUAAUGAAUUAUUUUCAGAGAAUGAGCAUUCUAAGUAAAGCUGAUUUCCUUUUUAGAAUUGAACUACCAGACUGGUACUUUAAGAGAAUGGUGCAAGGCCUGGCACGGUGGCUCACGCCUCUAAUCCUAACACUUUGGGAGGC